AUGGGCAUGUUGGGUCUUCGUGAUGUGUUUGUCGUUGCUCCUUCCAGUCAUCAUAAUCUUGCUGAUCAUCAUACCCAUCCACAUUCCAUAAACGCAUCUGUCGUGAACGCCACCGCCGCAACGGCACUCGGCGUCGGCGUCGGCGUCAUCCCUCUUCUAAGCGCCUCUCCUUGUCUCAACGUGGAAGAAGAUAUGUUAAAUAAUCGUGGCGGUGGUAGGAGUAGCAAUACCAAUAAUAACAGUAAUUUCAGCAUUCAGUUCUGGCAGCAGCACCCACAAACACAACCACAUAAUUAUUUGAACAAACCAAUCAUUUCCGAUCAUGGGUUUCUCCAAGGCAGCGUCGGUGGUGUUGGUGGGUCGACGUCAACUUCAGGAUCCACCAUGACUUGUCAAGACUGCGGCAACCAGGCCAAGAAAGACUGCAGCCACCGGCGGUGCAGGACUUGCUGCAAAAGUAGAGGAUUUGAUUGCGCCACCCACGUUAAGAGCACCUGGGUACCCGCCGCUCGCCGCCGUGAACGUCAACUCAUGACAUCUACCGGCACCGCCACUGUUUCCUCCGCCUCAACUUCUGGUCCCAAGAAACCUCGCCUCACUUCCCAUACAACCACCACCUCACAUACUUCUACCUCCAACACCACACCUCCUCGAAGUUUCGACACUAGUUCCAGUCAUCGUCAAGAUGCAAAUUUCAAGGAAUCGUUGCCAGGACAAGUACGUGCUCCGGCGGUGUUCAAAUGCGUGAGGGUGACGGCGGUGGAAGACGGAGACGACGAAUAUGCAUACCAAGCGAGUGCCACAAUUGGUGGACAUGUCUUCAAAGGCUUCCUAUAUGAUCAAGGAAUCGAAACGAGAGAUCACACCAACUUCCCCAAUUUCUCGGAGUUGCAUCUUGGAGGUGGAGGUGGAGGUGGAGGUGGCGGUGGCGGUGCAGGGAGGAAUGUAGGUGGUUCUUCAUCUUCCCCACUGCUCGACCCAUCUGAAGUUUAUGGAUCAUCCGGUGGUGGAAUGCUUGCAGGAUCAACUUAUGGUAACCCAAUAAAUUGAUAGCUGGUUAUUUAUUUUGCAAUAGAUGUCUAAUUAAAAAAAAAUCCAAGAUUUCAUGAAACCUGAUUGGCUACGUGGCAAUAUAUUGUUGUCCAAUCAAAUUGGCAUUAGGGUUUAUCUGGUGGUCUCUCUAGGUGUUGCCCUAAUCAACAAUUCUUUCAUGUCAUAUAACCUUGCUUCAAAAAUGCAAUAAUUUUUAUUUUCGAUU